UAAGAGGUUAUAAUAUUAUUUCUUAUAUAUUUAUAUGUAAUAAAAUUAAUAAAUGAUAUUAUAUAUUAAGGGUUAUAUAAAACCCUUUUUAUCUAAUAAUAAAUUUAUUUUCUCUUUUGGAAAAGCAUUAUAUGCCACUAUGGUGAAAUAUUUGAAUCAAACGGAAAGCAUGAAUAUAGAUAAAGAUUUAUUUGAAAAAUACAAAUUCAGUGUUGAUCAAUUAAUGGAACUUGCUGGUCAAAGUUGUGCUAUUGCUAUUGCUCGAACUUAUCCAUCACUAAAAAACUCUGUACAUAAGAUUUUGAUUUGUUGUGGUCCAGGAAAUAACGGUGGUGAUGGACUUGUUUGUGCUAGACACUUAAAACAAUUUGGAUAUUUUCCUGAAAUUUAUUAUCCAAAAAGAACAAAUAAUAUUUUAUAUGAAAAUUUGCUACAUCAAUGCAUUGAAAAUGAUAUUCCUUUGUUAAAAAAUGAUGUAGAAUAUAUUGCUUCAAAACAAUUGCAUCAAUAUGGUCUUAUAGUUGAUGCAUUAUUUGGAUUUAGUUUUAAACCACCUGUAAAAGAUAUAUUUAUACCUAUUAUUCGUUUAUUAGAAAAUACAAUUAUUCCAAUAUGUAGCAUAGAUAUACCAUCAGGUUGGAAUGUUGAAGAUGGACCACCAGAAGGUGGAAUAAAACCAGAAAUGCUUGUAUCAUUAACAGCACCAAAAUUGUGUGCUAAAAAGUUUCAAGGAAAAUAUCAUUACUUAGGUGGUCGAUUUGUACCAAAAAAAUUAGAAAAAACAUAUAAUCUUAAUCUACCUGAAUAUGUAGAAACUGACUUAAUUCUUUUAUUAAAUUAAUUUUUUAUAUAAGAUUUAAUUAUAUAAUUUUUUUUAUUAAAUAUAUUUAAAAGUUUAUAUAUUGUAUUACAAAUAUGUAUUCAUAUAAUAAUUAAAAAUAAAUUUUUAAAAAAGAAUUGCAAAAAAAA